AUGCCGAUGACUAGAUUAGAUACUUCAUCACGUCCACAUAGUUCAAUACCAUAUACACCAAAUAGUAAUUAUUAUAGUGCAAGAAUAUUUCAUCAAGAAGGUAUGAUCCCAGAUUAUGAAGGUCAUAUACAUGGUUAUCAAUAUCAUGUUGGAAAGAAUUUUGGUAAUACAACACGUGAUUUAGAAGUAUGUGCUCAUCCAUAUUCUUGUUAUGGAGAAUAUUUAAAAAUAAAAAAUUUAACUAAAAAAUAUCUUUCAUAG